AUGCAUCGAGUUCGGCUCGUUCAAAGGAAUCGAACGUUCAAACUUUGCUACAUUUUCAGUAGCAAUGAUACUUGUAACUUGGACGUUGUGGGAAAAUUACUUUCCUGCAUAAAAGAAAAGCUUGGAAUCAAAAUGCUCGCUUUUAAGAAUCAUUUUUGCCUGUCGGACUCAACAGAGAUGUGUGAGAGUAUUAUUCCCGAUUUGAUAAUGGAUUUUGCAAUUUUUGUAGUCCAUGCGAACGAAGAUCGAUUUUUUAUCAACGAAGACAGCGCGAGGAUUUACAGAGCUUUAUUGAAGGCCACAGGUAAAUUCUAAUGAAGUACUGGUUUGCCGUCUACGUAUUUGUAAAUUAACACGUAUAAUAUUCAAUUCGAUCAAUGAUAAUCAGCCUUUAAGAAGCAUCAUAUAAACCACCCAGAGUGAACUUUUCAACCGGAAAGUCGCGAUCAAUAACUACGUGAAAAUCGUGGGACAAACAAACCCUUUUAUACCAAUACCACGAUGAUGAUGAUGAUGAUGAUGAUGAUGAUGAUGAUGAUGAUAAUAAUAAUAAUAAUAAAUCAAAUUAAGAUAUUUACAAAUUAUGCAAUAUACAAUUAAAAAUAGAAGCAGGAUUAACAGAAUCGAAAUUACAGUAAAACUAACUAAUCACUCUGUACUCUGUUACAUAAAAAAUUCCUUGAAAGUCUCAGAAAGGUUCUGUAAGUUUACAGUUUCCAAUAGUUUCUGGAAGAUUGUUAAAUAGUUUCGACGCAUUAUCUUGGAAAGUGCUGUUUUUGGUCGGGACCACUAAGUUCCUUGCGGCAUUCCUGUUUUAUUAGUUUAAGAUAAUCUGGCCAAGUAAAAUUUCAGGAGAUUCAAAUCUCUUCCCUCAUUGAUUAAUGGAAACCAUCCGAUUAUAAGUACAUCCCGAACGUUCUUAACAUAGUGACCGAGUACAAAACUUGCAGCAGCAAACUGAACUCGUUGCAAGCGGCGAAGUACGAAUUCAUGGUGUGGUAGAGGGUAAAAAACCAGAUCGGCAUAAUCUUGUUUUGACAAAAUAUGUUUCUGCUUGCAUGCAUCGAUCGCAAAUGGUUUAGACAAGUGCGUGGGCCGGCUGCAGGCCAUGUUUCUGCUAGUUGCUUUCUAAGCUCAUAUUUGGCGAGAUAUUUCAGUUUUCUCAGCAUUGAUAGAGUGGCGUAGCAUCCAGAUACCGUGUGCUUGAUGUGAUCGUCCCACUUAAGAUGUUCAUCGAUAUGAACUCCAAGCAGUUUCCAAGAUUUAAUACGUUUUAGUUUAUAACGACUGACUGCGAUGUUAGGAUCAUACUCGGCAAGGUGAUGUACUCUCGCCAUUUGCGGGGUGGAUAGGAUCAUAACCUUGGUUUUGUCGUAGUUAAAGGCGAGGGUACUCUCCUUAUUGAUUUGUAGUAGUGUUUCUACAGUUAUUUAGGUCACAUAUUUUGGAAUGAUCGUAGAUUGUUGUGUCGUCCGCAUACUGGAAGCAUUUGACAUUUACGUUCUCCUGAAGAUCAGCAACAUAAAUAUUGAAUAACACAUAAUGGCAUUGUUGAUCAAUUCAAUUUAUACAAUAACUAAGUGAUUUCUGAAAUUAAGCUAAAAUCGAUGAGAAAAAGGGAAAAGAGGCCUUUGAUUUCGUUUUCAAAUUUAACCAAAAACAGAGGAACUAGAGAGAAACAGCAGAGUAAAGCAGGUGCUUACCAUGUUGCAUUGUAAAAUAUAUCACCCUCUAUAAGGAAAUCUGAGACAGUCUUGGUUUCUGGAUUCCUUGCCAUGGAUUUCGGUUUCUUUGAUAGGGUCUUGAUAGUGGAACACUUUGAUUCUGAAUUCUGGAUUCCUUGAGCUCAAUACUUACUUGCAGUGCAAAAAUCUAAAGGUCCCGAUUAAUAAAGGGAUUUUAACUUCUUUCAUUGAGUUAUAGGAGGAAAAGUACUCGUUGUUAUCGGUGGUGAUGACAACUACAAGGACUGGUCUGAGGAACAAGGUUCCUACCUGUCGCGCUGGGCUCGGAGAAAAAUUUCUUCUCAGUUCAACGAAGAAUGCCUGGAUGGAAGGAAAAGCUUCAUAUUUUCAUGGGACAGGGAACACCGACCAAUUCACGAAGACGCACUGUUGCAUUACUUUGAUCCUGACAAAAAGGACAAGAAAUUUGUUCCGGAAAAGGAAGUUGAAGUACCGGUUACUCCAUUGUUUCCCAAACAGGUAUGCUGUGUGUUUGUACCUUAUUACAUGAGAAAUUUUGGAACACAUUUAAUCUCUGCACCCCAGAGUUCGCUCACUCCUGUGUCGUGGUGAGAGCACUCAUGUUUAGACUGAAUCAAAAGGGGCGGCUGGCACUCUACUUGGUCACUUAUUCACUCAAUCGUUUGCUCGGCGCUGACUUUCUUACUAUUUCUGUCUGUAUUUUCUAGAUGGAAGACAGAGCUUUAUCUUCUCUUGCGACGAUGGUCGCAGACCAAUUCACGAGGGAGAACUGUUACAUUACUUUGAUCCUCAUAAAAAGGAAAUUAAAGAAAUGUGUUGCCAAAAAGAAAACUGAAGUAGCGGUUACUUAAGUGGUCCCCAAACAGGUUUGCUUGUGUGCAUGUGCCUUGUGAAAUUUUGGCAUCACGAUAUUGAAAAAACCUUUAUUUAGUGAUACUUUGAGAUACUUCAAGCUUACGACUGAUGAUUUUACGCACAUUUUAGAACAAACACGUCACCUCUUUUUCACGAAUUUAGGAAAUGAAAAUCAGAAUGUUACUAACUCUGUAAAAGUUAUUGUUUUAACCAGAUAGUCGUUUUAUCUUAUCAAGAACUCAUAAUUACAAUCUCAUGUUCUGAUAACUUAUUUGUCUAGUUUAGUAUGAACUUAUACAUUCCCAAUAUUAGCGUGCUCCUCAGUACGCUAGAGGGAUCUUUUGGGGAUCAGCAAGAGACUGUGGCUCGUAUGUGAAGUUUAUACGCCGGCACUAACUGCAUGAGUAGCCUGUUCUUUCUAGCCUUUACUACGACCUGUGGGAUCAGUUCAUAGGCUAUUCCCGGCGCACUCACGCCAGCCUCUAACUCCGCAGUCCACUCCACUCUCGCGGUGACAGCUUGCCUUUUCGAUCGACUGAAAAGGGAAAAACUACUGUUUAAGAUUCGAUGAUUCUUUGAUGAUUUCCAUAACAGUAAGUUGUAAUUUUUGAUGGUUUGUCCCAACGUUCUACGUAGGAAGUCGAGUGUCGAGAAAGAAGAGAAAUCGGUGUGAAGCGCAGUGAGACAGAAGCAGCUGGAGUACAGAGGGAUAAAGGUGUACUCGAGCAAUUUCUGCAGGAUUCUCCCCAAACGGAUGACGCUAGGGCACCUCUCAGCGUGGAAUUGGUGCCAGACCCUGGUGAAAAGCAGGAAGAAGAUGAGCCCAUGGAUGAGUCAAAUGAACCAUUCGAGGACUUCGAGAAAAUAUCCUACGCUUAUAUACCAGGUAAAGGGAACUCAGUGUUGAUGUUUAAAAAGUUAAAUAGAGAAAUAGCUGAAAAACGACAUCCCGAUGCCCUCAAAAUAUAUAAAAAAAACAGUGUCGGUGGCUAGUGGUGGAAUUUGCGAGAUGCGAAGAGGCAAGGUAGAUAUCUACCAUAUAGCCACCCACACUGUGGUGAAUAAUUGAUUUAUUUUGGCAUAUAUUAAAACAGUAAACUAUUUGAGCUUAAAAUGAUAACUCGUUUAUUGCUACCAAUGUUACAAUUUUGGCGCUCAAAUAACCGAAGUUACUGCCGCCACGUUGCCUUGCCGACAAAGAAAACUUUCAACAUGAAGGCAAGUUUUUAGCGCAUGUAGAGAUAUUUCUUCAAAAGGGAUUGUGAGUUAUUCCUGUAUAUGGAACCAUUCUUUACAAAAAAUCAUUUAAAAAGUCUGGACGCGCAGUCUUACAAGGUAUUCGAUACCGGCAGUAUUGCAAUGUUGAAGAUCAUCGGCCCAAGUAUGGACCCUUGAGGCUAAAUAACAAAACUUCCUUUCACCAAUUUGAGACCCAUCCCGGCCCAAAAAUAAAAUGUAUACAUGCCCUCUUACUUUUUUACUACCUUUUGUUACUUUUGUAAACGUGCACGUGCCAAAGGAAUGGAUACAAGUCCCCCACGGGAAAGCAUAGCGAUCCUUAUCCAGGACGAGUCUGACAUUAAUACCAUAAAGGAAGUGUUUGGUGAUGUCUUACUGGGUAUUAAUCCUGUCACAUCGAGAGAUCCGCGUUCUAUGAAGGAUUUACUCCUCGAGCGAAGCACGCUAGUGAGAUCCUGUUUUAUUGUUGCUGAAUCUGCGAAAAUAAAAGAGGAAUUGCUGACGAACUCCCGCAGUACAGUUUACCUAGAGCUCCUGAAAACUGCCAAUAGGAUUGUAGGUGAGAACAUUUCCUCUCUCUUUUCCCUGCACACUUCGUUGUUAUACCAAGAGAUUCGCUCCUCGCUUCCUUUGUGCGAAUUUGUAACCAAUUUGGUUUAAAACCAUGUUACUUAUUUUGCAUUUACAAAUUUUAAGUUUUAUCUCCUGACAAAAACUAUGAAACUAAACUUAAACUGAGGCGUUGCGAGGCAUGUUGUGAUGUUCAUUUAUUUUUUUAUUUAAAAAAAUGAAUAAAUAAAAGCUUCCAUGACAUCAACAAGAAAAGUUUGCUGUUUCAGUCAGUUCUGAACGCAACGUGCCGCGUUGUCAGAGUGCUGGACUUUCGGUCCGGCAGUUGCAGAAUCUAGUCUCACUUUGACUCCUGGGUAAGUCGUUUCUUUGUACCACCAACUCUUUGGCGACACUUGUAAAAAGCCAAAAGGUUUGCCGCCUGCUAAUUAGGAUCUUAACACCGUUAUGUUUGAUUUAAAUUUUUGGUUUUAGUUAUUUGCUGUGCCAAAAAAAAAAUUUCGAGGGUAAAUAUAGUAAACCAAUUUCCAAUUUGUCUUUUUGUCAACAGAGAAGAAGAUCGUUGUAAUCCUUUGCACUGAAGAAAAAAGCCUUACUCCUGGUGAAGAAGAAAGCAUCACAGCUACAAUUGAAGAGCUGCUCGGCGAAAAAGGCUCACUUUUCUGGUGCAAGGGAAACAACAAAACAAAACGUUCCAGUUUU